AUGAGUUCACCUAAAAAGGUGUCAAGUAGAAUUGCUCAACUUAUUGGACAAUAUGAACAAUUAGAAGCCAAAAAACAAGAGGAUUUAGAAAGAGAACAAAGAGUAAAAUCACAAUUAAGGAGUAAUCCAAAUAGAGUUAUUGUUAAACAAUCAACACUAAAAGUUCAAAGAAAGAAAAGCUCAAAGUCUUCUUCAAAUAGCGACGAAAUAACAACCUCUAAAACACCUCAAAAAACAUUUAAAGCACCAAAACAAAAAGGAAAAAUUGCUCUUCUUACCAAACAAUUAACUGGUGAACUUGACACUAAACAAUCUAGUGGUUUUGAAGUAGAACAAAAACAAAUUGAAAAAAAUGUUACACCGAUUGCAGAUGAAUCAACUAAAAGUUCUAAUGAUUCUAAACAAUCACCUCCUGAACUUAGUAAAGACAGGGUUAGUGAGUCCUGUCCUACUCUCACAAGUCUUGAAAAUAACCUAUCAGCUUCAUUAAGCAAUGAACAAGAAGAAUUACAAAAGCCAGAAUCGCCCUUUUCAACUGAUAACAAAAAUGAUAAAAUGCAUUCUGAGGAAGUUCUAUCCAAAAGUGAAGAAAAAGAGAUUUCUAUGCAGAUUGAAUCUUCAAAAAUAGAAGAAGAAAAAUCAAAUUCACAAACUCCGUCAUUGACUGUAAGUGAAGGUAAAGAUAAGAAUGAGUCUAUCGAGAUUUCUGAAGUUUUAAAAGAACCUAAUUCUUCAAAUAUUUCUGGUAAAGAAGAUAAAAAAGAUGAAGAGGUGUCUUGUGAAAAAUGUAAUACCCAAGAAGAAAAGAAAGAAGAAAUAGUUAUAACUGAAGAAUCCCAAAAAGAAGAUACAAAGGAUAAAUUAGAAACCUCUGGAAAGGAAGAAGUUUCUGAACAACCUGAACAAAAAUUAGAUGAAAACAUUAAUCAAGGAAUAGUUACACAACCUGAAGAAGUUAAAGAGACAUCACCUACAAUAAAAGAGGAUGAUAGCUCGAGUGAUGAGGAAAAAGAGGUUCUUAAUAAAGAAGUAAUAUUAACAAUUAAUGGAGAAGAAUUAACAGAAUCACCAAAUCAUUCACAAUCACCAAUUGAAUAUUCAAAUAAUGAAAUUAAUACAAAUAAAAGUGUUGAGAAUGACUCUCACGAAAAGAUCUCUAAAUCUCAUUCUGAAGAAGGUCAUAUUGUUAAAGAUAAUGUUUUAAUAAUAAAUGAUGAUGUUAAGCAGACUAAUUCAAGCGAGUUUAGUGAAUCUUCUCAUGGUGAAGAUUAUAAAGACGUUAUAGUUUGUGUUGGACAAAAUAAGAAAAUUCUUUCAAACUCAUCUUUGUCAAAUGACCAAAAGGAAGAAACGAUUAUUAGCAUUAACGAAUCAAAUCAAGAAAAUACUGUUGUUAAUGAUAUAGAAUUUCCUAUUAAAAAUGAGAAAAAAGUUUCUUCGUCCACAGUCAAAUCGUCUUUAUGUUCAUCUGAAGAAAGAGAUAAAGGGGUUUAUAUUAAUGUAGAUGACCAGAAAGGUGCAUCUCCCACAAUUAAAGAUUAUAGCUCUUCUGAAUCUAUAGAUGAAGAAAUGGUAGGAAAAGUUGUUCUUGGAGUUGUUAAUGAUAUUGUUGAACAAAUUCAAAAUGAGCCCAAAGAAGAGGUUAAUCAACCAUUAACAAAUGAAGAACAACCAAAACAAGAAGAAAAGAAAAUUAAAAUUGUUAUUAAAGAAGUUACUUCAGAAACUCCUUCAAGUUCUGAAGAGGAGUCCAAAGGAGUAAUGGAUAAAACAGCAACAAGUUUAAGUGAAGAAACUAAAGAAGAAAAUGUUAUUAACCAAGCCAUUCUCGAAGAGCCAAAACAACAAAUUGAUGAAGAAAUAAAACAACAAAUUGAUGAAGAAAUAAAACAACAAGUUGGUGAAGAGCCAAAACAACAAAUUGAUAAAGAAAUAAAACAACAAAUGGAUGAAGAACUAAUUGUAACAGACAUCCAAAACACUGAAUUAAUAAAUAAAGAAAAAGAAAUCCAACGAUCAGACUCAUUAACACUUUCUAGUGAAGACAAAAAAGAAUCAAAAAUAAACAAUUUAUCAGAAUGUACCUCUGAUAAAGGACUUCUUACCUAUGAGCAAAAAGAAAUAAAUGAAUUCUUCAACAAAAUUGAUGGAGAAGUUCAGUUAAUACCAGUCCAAAAGAUUAAAUCUAAACCAGGAAAAAGAAAACAAAUAACUAAACAAGGAUUUGCUUACCGUAAGACAUUGUCAUGUGAGACAGACCAAUCACUUAAUAAAGUUAGAAGUCAAGAUUCUCCUUCAGGAGAAAUGAUCCCACCAAAGAAGGUACCCAUUGGAGGGGUACCUUUAUUUGGAGGAUUUAAUCCUGGGAAAGUUGCACUUAAAAAGACUAGUUAUCCAAAGGAAGAAAAAGAAAGUAGUACUCAAGAUUCUGAAUCAAACCCUCCAUUAAGAAAUGUUCCUGAAAAAACAAGACCUCCUGGAGUACCGGGAGGACAACCGUUAUUUGGAGGAUUUAAUCCUGGAACAUUUAAAUUAAAAAAGACUGCACAGAAGAAGGAAAACACGCCAGAGAAGAAGUCACAAGAAGAAGUUCCUGAAUUUAUGAAACUAAAAUUAAAGAAAAUAGAAAAAUGA